CCGGCCCGGGUCCUGCUCCCCCGCCGCUGCGCGGCCGGACUCGGAGCCCAGAGACCCGAGCAAGCAGAGCGGAGCAGACGCCGGUGCGUGUCGGACCGGCGCUCACAUCGCCACGAUGCAUUUCAUCUUCUCAGAUAAGGUGGUGCUUCUCUUUGACUUCUGGAGUGUCCACAGCCCCACGGGCAUGGCCCUUUCGGUGGUGGUGGUCCUGCUCCUGGCUGUGCUGUACGAAGGCAUCAAAGUGGGCAAGGCCGUGCUCCUGCAACGGGCGCUGGCCAGCAUGUCGUCCGCCUCCAGCAGCCAGCAGCUCAUCGAGGAGUCCGACCAGAACUUGGCCGCCUCCGACUUGCCCCCUGGCGGCCGGGCGCGCCUCAGGUGGCUUCUGUGUCACUCGGGCCAGUCUCUAAUCCACGUCUCGCAGGUGGUCAUCAGCUACUUCAUGAUGUUGGCGGUAAUGACCUACAACACCUGGAUUUUUUUGGGCGUGGUCCUGGGCUCGGCCGUGGGCUACUACCUCGCCUACCCACUCCUCAGCCUGGGUUAGCCAGUGAGGGCUGUGCGGGCAGCGAGGGCUGGAGGGGCCGAGGCCUCGCUCAGACGCUCUCCUUCUGGCCCCGUAUUGCCUUUGUCUUCCGACGGCCGUUCCUCGCCGGCUCCCAGCUCCUGGAAACUUGCUCCCUGGGGUGAGAGACCACUGCUUGUGCCCGGAAAGGCUGCUGAGCCCCGUGCAGGGAGGGAGCCAACAGAACCUGGAGCAGGGCUGCUGAGCCCACGAUGACUUUUCUCUGUGACUCAAAAUUAAGCAUUUCCAAAGAUCUUCCAGGCGGGACGGGUGUGGGUGCGGGAAGCCGUGGGACCUGGCUCCCGUCUGCUCUGACUUGUGCCUUAUGGAGAGGAGUACCUGCCCCCGACUUCUGGGCACUCUCCACGCGAGCUCGUGAGCCUGUGUCUUUAGGACGUACAAAGAGCUUCUCCUCUGUAAAUCAUGUUGACAAACAGGAUUUCUCCAGUCUUCCCUCCCUCUGAACUCCUAGUUGGCGGUUUUUGCACAUUAGCACAAAACGGCAUUUUUUUUUUUUUUAAUGAAACAACUUCAUUUUACUCACGGUGGAGGCCGCAUCUGCUGGCACCGGCUUGCCUUUCUUCUAGGGCAAGAGUGGCGGAGACUGCCAGCCCGUGACCACACAGCCUCCAGGAGCCAGAGUUUGGGGAGCGCUUCUCAGCCUUCACGCUCCCCUACCCUGAGCCCCGCUCUGUACAGAGAACUGCACGGGACGGGAGGCCAUUCUUGGUGUCUUAUAUUAUUCCUAACAACGUGGCAGGGAAACCCGAUUCAUCCACUUUGAAUGCGGGAUAAGCCCCGGGGAGUGUGACUGACAGAUCCUAAGUAAGCAGUGAGACCAAAGCAUUCCAUGGACAGAGCCAGACAGGGGUCUCCUGGCCCACCAGGCUGAUGCAACGGACUCACAUUCUAGGAAAGGAAAUGAAAGAGCCAGGGAGGGGACGCUGCUGCUGCGGGGACUGAAAAAGACACUUUCCUCAGGAUGGUGGCCAGUCCUAAUGUGGCACGUCCUCGCCGUUGCAGGGGCUGAGGGGUGGGCGGGGGCACCCAGGCUGGCUGGCGUGGUGUCAGCAGGACGAAGGAGCGAGUCUGUCCAUCUGCUCUGAAGACAACAGCUCUGUGCUCAGUUCGGAACCCCAGUUUUGCAAUGCCGGGCCCACAGGGAGACGCCCACAGCGCCCGCCCAGUUGAUGGAAGUUGUUCUCAAGUUCAUUCUGUCAGGCGCUUCUGUGAAAGAAGGGACUGUCACAUGGACUGUAAACAUCAGGGUUGCCACAGGUGUGUUGUAGAUUCUGCCCCGGAAACACAAGCAAAGAUGUUCCAGAAGCACUUUUUAAAGGUCUGCUAAGAGACAGAGGAAGUGCUGGGUGUCACACCUUAGGAUCAUCGAGGCUUCCUCCCACAGAUGGGGGACAGGGGGGCUGCUCGGUGUCACAGCAGGUGUGGGGGUUCCAGUGUCCAAUGGAGUGUGGCUAGCCUGUUCAAGUCUGCCCUGCUCCAGCUCCCGGCCAGAAUACCACCAGGCAUUUGUUACAUCCAAGACUAAAGGCAUAGGGGACUUCCCAGAACAACAUUCUCGACAAAGUAUACGCUCGGCCUCAGUGGCAUUUCCACAUUCUUCAGAGCCCAGUCACCAGGGUGCUGUUGCCCAACGUGCCACCUCCACUGUAUUAUGUGCCGGGAGUGCUCCAAGCACUUGAACAGCAUUAACUCAGUCUUCAGACACGGCCUCAGCAUGGAGGCCACGGUCAGCAGCUCAGUGGAGAGCUGUGGGAGGCAGAGCUGGGAAGCCAGGUCCAGGCCCGUGCUGCAGCUCGGAUGCGGGGGAAGGCUGCAUGGGUGUCCAGCCGAGGCGACAAGGCACCCAGUGCAUCGGGGCUGUCAGCACACCGGCGACCAGAAGGCCCAUGCCUACUUCCACAUCACUCGUCUGAACACGGAGAUCUGGGGGGAGGCCCGGAAGCCUUAACUUCUCCGACAGACACCCAGUGAGCACCAGGCAAGGGCGGGGAGGCCUGUCGGGAGCCAAGAAUCCUCACUUGGCAAUCCGCCAGGGUCCAAAUUCUUGCUUUGCUGCCUAAUGGCUGUAUCAUCACGAGUAUGUUACUUUACCUCCCAAAGCCGUUGUUUUUCCACCAAAAAGAGACGCCGUGUCUUCUGUUACAGGCUGUAUCAAGUGCCAUACAAAUGUCAGACAGCAAAGGUCAGUCCCUGGGGGUGUUCACUGCCGCAUCCCACCCAUGGCGGGUAGGUGCAAAGCUGUCACUAGAGAAUGACGUGGCCAGGGAGGUGGGAUUUCGAUUUCUGUCUCAUGAACACUUUAAAUCAGGGAGUAUUUCUAUUAAAGUCAUUAUGCUUUUUAAGGCUGAA